UAAAGCCUGAAAUAUGACUUAUCAACACAAUUUCAACAAUAUUCAUUCAUUUUAUGAUGGAGUGCUCCACAAAUAACACCUUUAUUGCGUUCAGAGUAUCUUGCAUUAUUUUGAUUGCAAUCGCUUUAGUUCUUCAAGGAAUAUCCCUGAAAAAGGAUGCCAGAUGGGAUCAGUAUGUAACUGGAGCAGUUCAAGCAGACAUUCGUAAUCCAAAAGUUUAUCAAAUUAAAGCUUAUCAAUCUUUAUGGAGGCUUACAGUCAAAUCUGAUGAAUAUUUGGACGAAGAUUACAGAGUAUAUGUUGAUGAAUACACCAGUAAGACAGAAUGGAGGGAGGAGGUUUUACGAUUAGAGUUGGCGGGUAUGGGACUAGGGUCGCUAUCAUUCAGUGCACUUGUAAUGGCGUCUUUGGUACCAAAAUUUCUCAAAAUCAAAAAGCUUCAGAUAACCGAUAUUCUUGGAUGCACAAUUUUGUGUUUUACCUCCGCCAUUUUGAUAUUCAGUGGAGUUGUAAAAUACAGUGAAAAUUAUCAGACCAUCCUCAAUCCAAUAGUUAAGGAAUAUGAAUGGUUCUAUCACAUGACUGAUAACACGUUGGCUAUGGAUUUUUACUUUGCUUUCGGAGCCGCCAUAUUUCACUUUUUUGGAGGGGUGUCCCUGAUUAUACAUUUGAUUAUGUUUAUGAGAAGUGGUUUCAAAAAAGAUGAAACAAAAGUUGAGACAAUUGAAGUUCAAGAGCUUGCAUGAGAACAGAAUGUAAACUCGGCAAUGCUUAUUCAACAAC